GCCGCAGUGAUAGGGCCCGCCGCCCAGGAAGAUAUCGUCCCACGUGAUGCUGCCCUACGCCAGUACCGUUCAGUGCCUGAGCGGUACAGCUUUCCUGACUCUCUCUUCUUCGGUAUCUGGCCGACUGUAUUUCUACUCCUCCCUAUCGUCCUUCACGGCUUGGGAACAUGACGCGCACACGCUCUCUGCGCUCGCAAGCAGUUUCUCCGAAGCUUGACACGUCGUCGCGGCCGUCGUCUCCCACAUUCUCCGAGACAACUAAUGCUUCCGUUCUUGAUUUUGGGCCUGAUGGCCCACAUAAGAUUAUCACUCGCGCGCACCUCAAGAUGAGCAUGCAGGCCUACGAAGACUUGCUGAAUAAAUCCGCAGCUUAUCGCGGCGCGCUCUUGGCUAUGUCUCGAGCAACUGCCGGAUUUGCAGAUGCUAUGGGUGUAUGCGCUGGUUUGAAGGGUCCGAACUACGAGUCUGGGACGCGGCUACAGGUUGCAUCUGGUUUGCACCAUCUAAUGAGCAACCACUUUCAUGUUCUUGCAGAAACGCUCGACAUGCAGUUCGAGAAGCCCCUGAGGCAACACUUUGAGGACUACCGCAGGGUCGUUAAUGAACGGUCCAAUGCAUAUGAGAAGGCACUACGUGAGAAGAGCAAUCUCAUAAGACAGACCGAGAUGGGUAAUUACCAUAGAAAGGGCCGAAGUUUGCAGACAUUCCGAGAAGCGUUGGCUAUCCUGCAGAGACAGGUAGACGAGCUAGAUGAUUUGAAAGAGCAACACUAUCAAGAGAUCAUCGAGCAUGAAGAGCGAGUCUGGGACUUUGUGCAAGGAAAGGUCUGCUAUGUCGUGCGUUCGACGCUGGAUAUAUUCGAUAGGUUCACUAGCAAAGCUUCGGAUCCCGUCAUUGAACCUAUGCUGCAGACGGUUCCUGACCCGUUCGAUGCAUACGGGCCACCGCCUUCGGAAGAUCAGAUCUUCACCAUCCUGCCUCCCCUUUCCGUCAUCGCGAAUGCACCCUCCUCAACACCCAGUCCUCUUACCUCCACUGCGACUGAACUUGACAGCAGUGACGGUAUCCCGUCAGCCAAAAGUUCGUGGACACCUAGCACAGGCGGCUUUUUCCCUGAUACAAGUGCCGCAUGGGCGGAUGUGCCGAUGUCGUCGCCUCCUCGCAUAAGGUCGGCAACCUCUCCUGUCGCUCCCGCUCGCUCCGCCUCUCCACAAACGGUGGAUGCGACUAUCGCUGCUCCUCCUCCAUCAUCUCUGAACCGACGACACUCGCUUCCUCCUGCUUCUGGCUCACCUCCGACUAUAAACCACCAGCCUCGGAGGUCAGAGUCCAAGCUACGCAGCGUUCUUUCUGUCAUCGAUGAAAGUCAUUCGCGGCAGAAUGGCGAAGCCAACAAUGUGCCUGACACAGCCGACAGCCCAGAGCUGCAAGAGCGGCAAUCUAUAUCCCCACCUGUCGAUACUCCUCCUAUCAACGGAAAGGAAACAUCCCCGGCUCACUCUGGGCAGUGGGCCUUUUUCAGCUUCCCUAGUGCACGCCCUAGCAAUGGCGAUAGUGAGGCUGGUCAGCAAAAUAUCACCCUGUCCCAGGUGCAAUCGCCGCCGAUGUCACCACGGGACAGUCUGACUCCUCGCGCAGAACGCAGUCGUAGUCCACAAUCAGAUGACACUGCGAUUCCUAUCACCACAUGA